AUGGCGCCCCCAGUAGCUCCAGCAGCGGGCGCAACGAAGGCGGAUGUACGCGACCAGUCGGCGCUCGAACAGCGAUUGGGACAAUCGACAAGCGUCAUCAUGCCGUUACUAGAACUUGGCGCAAUAGGAUAUGUGACCUGGGUCCUUGCAUACCAGAUAUGUAUACAGUAUCUAAUUGACCCCUCCGCCGAGUUCCGCCAGGGCUUCAACGUCCAGCCACGACGCGCCACCGGUAUCGCCCUCAUAGUUGUCUACGCUGUUCUCCUCCUCCUACUCCUUGUACCCUGGUCGCGCCUUAUCCAAGUCAUUUGGUCGAAACCGGACCUUGUACCUUUGGGAGAUACUUCGCUGGAGAAGAAGGAGGUGACAACGAGCUGGCUGGGAGAGUACGAUGCGUACAUCUGCGACUACGAAGGCAUGCCGUUAUGGUGUGACAAGUGCCACAACUGGAAGCCGGACAGAACGCAUCAUUGCAAAGAGCUGGGUCGUUGUGUUCGAAAGAUGGAUCAUUACUGUCCAUGGGCUGGCGGCAUCAUCGCAGAAACAACGCAUAAGUUUUUCCUGCAAUUUGUGUUCUUCGGAUCAUUGUAUACGGCCUAUGUAUGGAUCGUGACUGCUGUCUUUCUGGACGAGCGAAUAUCAAAGACUGGCUCAUGCCCGGGCACCUGGAUAGGCGUGCUUGUUGUCGGAGUACUAUUCUGCAUUUUCACUUUCACCAUGAGCUGCAUGACCGGCUGGAACCUCUGCAUCAACUACACCUCCGUGGAAGGCAUCCAGAGAGGCGGCGUACAGAACAUCGCCUUCCUGAUUGCCAGCACUCCAGAAAGGUCAAGCCUCCCAUCAACACCAUCUGCACAAGACAAGCCACAAAGCCAUGAUGACUGGCCGGUCCUUAAUACCAUCCAACGCGGCCAAGGGCGUACCUAUGUUGUUAUGCAGACGAAGCCUCACGAACAUCCCUGGUACACAAGCCUAGUGGUGGGAUGGAAGGAUGUCAUGGGCAACAACAUCGUCGACUGGCUUACGCCUAUCAAACACAGCCCGUACAAGCAGAGAAGCCACCGAGGCGAGUUCGAAUGGGGUGAGCUGGUCUACGACAUGGCGAAGCAGUACGAGGUACACAAUCCUGGGGUGAAGCUGGCGCUACUUAACUAG